AUGGCAGCUGCUCCUUCAGCCCUUCUCUUGUCCUUGUCAUCUUCCUCCAUGGAUGCUCCUCCUAAAAUUCAUUGCCCAUGGGGUGUUCUUGAUAUUGAUUCAACUUCAAUACCGCCUCCACCUUUUACUUUGCAGAUCCCUGAAAAGUUUGCAUCCAUUGUGAAGGAUGAUAAAGAUUCUCUUAUUCCAUAUUCCACUCACUUUCAACUUCUAUUAUGUGAGGAUGUUGAUUUACACAGUGAUUUACCUGAGACAUUAUUGGUGGAAUUCCAAGAACUUGGAUUUUAUGUCAAUGUGGCUUGCAAAAAAAAUCCCCCCAAUCCGUGGGAAAUAAGGUUGCGAAGCAGGUUGAUAAAGGGCCGAAGGAUCCCAAAAAUGAUGUUGUGGGAGUUUCUGAUCAUCCUCAACGCCACCAUGAGGCUGCAGGCUGAGGAGAACUCUCUCAAUCCAGUGUCCCUUGCUGCUGAGUUAGUUGAUUCCAAUGACAACCAGGAGUUUGCAAAAGUAAAUUUUCAAGUGGUUGAACCUAUGGUUUCAACUCCUGUCGAUAAUCAAAGCUUGAAGUCUUGGUCGGAUAUAGUGGAAGAGGAGGAAAACAAUAUUAGCAUUGUAGUGGCCUCUCUUGCUGAGUUUCCUGAUUACCCAAAUGUAGAGGCAAAGCUUCAUUAUAGUGCAACAGCGGUUGAGUUGGGGAACACCGAAAUUGCUUGGUUGAAUCAGGUUCCUUAA